AUGUCUGACUUUGUACGCUCUACGGCGUCUAAAUAUAAGUUUGGUGCUCAUUUGUCGACAGCAGGGGGCAUUUCGAACAGUGUUACGAAUGCGCAUAAGCUAGGAUGCAAUUCGUUUGCCAUGUUUUUGAAAUCACCUAGAAGAUGGGUCUCACCGGAUUACACGCAGGAAGAAAUCGACAAGUUCAAGAAAUAUUGCACAAAACUGGGUUACGAUCCACUCAGGGACAUUUUACCACAUGGCCAAUAUUUCAUCAAUUUGGCCAAUCCUGACCUGGAAAAAGCCGAGAAAAGUUAUGCGAGUUUUUUGGAUGAUUUGAAGCGGUGCGAACAACUGGGCGUGGGGCUUUACAACUUCCACCCCGGUUCCUCGCUCAAGGGCGACCACGAAGAACAAUUGUCGCAACUUGCAGCUUACUUGAACAAAGCACACCAGGAAACGAAAUUCGUGAAAAUUGUGCUUGAAAAUAUGGCGGGUACCGGUUCGCUUGUUGGCAGCGAUCUCGCAGAUCUCAAGACCGUGAUAGACAAAGUUGAGGACAAAACCAGAAUCGGUGUCUGCGUGGACACGUGCCACACGUUUGCCGCAGGGUACGAUAUAAGCACCGAGACGGCGUAUGACAAAUUCUGGAAAGAUUUCGACGACAUCAUUGGGUUCAAAUAUUUGUCCGCAGUGCAUCUCAACGACUCCAAGGCACCUUUAGCUGCGAAUCGGGACUUACAUGAAAAAUUGGGCCAAGGUUUUUUGAAUCUUGAAGUGUUCAAACUUAUUGCCAGCUCUGAUUUCCUAACCGGAAUCCCAAUUGUCCUUGAAACACCUCAGGAGCAAGACGUCGGUUACGGCCAUGAAGUCAAAUUGCUAGAAUGGCUUGAAACAUAUGAUGACAAUAAAGAUAAAGAAGAGUUUACCAAGAAAUUGGAGGAGCUGCAGGCCAAAGGUGAGAAAUCCAGGAAAGAACAUCUGGCGAAAUUCGAAAAGAAAAAAACCAUUAAACGCAAAGCUGCCGCAACAAAUUCCAAAGGCGAGGACAUUGCAGAACGGAUAUCUCGCAGCAGAGUCAAGAAACCCAAGAUGUGA